CUAUGGAGAAGGAAAUUCGUGUUGAUGUGGAAGACUAAAGAACUUAGACUAUUUGUCAACAUGAAAUGACUUUUAUAUUUAGUCCACUGCUUUGUUUAUACCCUGUGCUACCUUACGCAAAGUUCUAACUGGGUUUUGGUGACAUAAAUGAGAGAGAUUUCAGUUUUCAAACCAGCUACAGCGACCACUACCGUACGAGAUCAACAGCUAGCAGCUAGCAGCAGCUCCACCGCCCCGAUCCGUCGAGCCAGCGCACGGGGGAGUGUCCGCUCGGCUCAGCCCAGUGAAUGACGUGAGUUUGACAAACCCUGACUCCUGAGCUGUCAAGGCAAGAUGGCUGCCAUGGCAUCCACUGAUGAUAGCCCAAUUUAUGAGGGAUUCCUCUGUCCGAUGUGCCUUCAGAACUUUGACUCUGUGUAUCAACUCCAAUCCCAUGUGGAAAGUGCUCAUGGUAGUGAAGACAAAGUCGUAUUCAGAAGGUUGAAAGGAUUCUUUGGGAAGGCCAGGCAUCUCAUCACCAACAGAUCAGAGGAACAUUUUGAGGAUGUCUCAAAGGAUGAAGCAGGAGAAGGAUCACCAAAGAAACAACCAUUGCUUGGCACAGACCCUUUUACUUGGGAAAACCCAGAGCUAGGAGCAUCCAGAAGUCACUUUGAGUCUCUGAGGAGGAUACGCAGUGAUAGGAUGGAUAGAACAGUUGUUGAAAUCAACAAGCUUGUCAUCAGACUUGAGAAGCUCAUCAAACAUGGACCCCCUAUGAAUGAUCAGGCUAAAAGAAAAGUAUAUGAAAAGACCAUUGUGCCUUGGGCGGAAGACUCUGACGUAAGGUUUUGCCCAUCUUGCGGUGAUAAGUUCUCUUUGGCUGUGAGGCGCCAUCACUGUCGACUGUGUGGUAGUAUUAUGUGCAACAAGUGUUCCAGCUAUGUUGGCAUCCCUUUCUGUGAUCAAGUACUUGAAGCUGAAUCCAAAGGAAGCACAUCUUCCAAGCAGGUGCAUGCGGAAUCCUCACCGAGUAAGAAGGGGGAUGUAGUGACACUCAGGGUCUGCGAACAUUGUGUACACAUCAUGGAGAAGAGGCUGAAGAUGGUCAGAGAACGCAAUUCCAAACCGGUCAUUGUCCAGUUGUACCAGAAAAUGAUUGAAGUCAGAGAGCAGAUUCUAAGACAGCUUCCUAUAUAUGAGAAGACUGCUGUUUCCAUUUUGAAUGGUGAAGAAGAAUAUUCUUAUGAAAGAGCAGAGCGAGAGAGAACAGUGCUUCUGAAAUAUUUUGAUGCUCUAGAUUUAUUAAGCAAAAAGAUAUACUCACUUGGUUCAGGGACAGACAAGACUUUGUCCUCUGCUCAAAUGAAGCUCAGGAGGAACAUUCGAACCGAGGUCAUUCGCUUCCUCCAAGACCACAUGCUCGGGCUUGACCCUUUGCCCUCCGAAAAAGAGGUCAUCCAGCUCAGGGCAGAACGCAAAGCAGCCAUCGCCAGGAGACUGGAGGAAGAACGCCAAGCAAGAGCCAGGAGGGUGCAGGCGGAAGCUCUAGCCCUGGAGAAGUCGGCACAGCAGAGGGCGCAACAGCAACAGCAAGCAGAGGCCAAACUCUUGGACAGCCCUCAGAGGGGACACGAGCGGAAGUCGAGCUGGGGUCUGCUGAACAAGCUCAAAGAGCAGGCGCAGGAAGUCGGGGCUGGUAUGAUGGUGGGGCUGACGUCCAGCGGGAGUGAGGGGAAACUGAGUCAGUCUCCCUCAGGAUGGAAACCCAGUGCAGUGAGUCAGGACACCGUCCAGGCGUUGUCCGAUGAUCCUUUGAUCCAACAAAUGAAUAUCAUCAGUAGUUACCUCAAUCAAGCUCAAGAAGCUGGACGAUGGGACGAGGUGAACAUGCUGGAAGCAAACCUCAAGGAUCUUCAGCUAGCGUACAGACAGGAGCAGCAGGCCGGAAGAUGAGGAUUUGAGGAGGUCAUCUGGGUUUUUGAUAAGGAACCUUAUUCCAUCACCAAUUGGGACAUAUUACCUGUGUUAGAUAAUAAAGAGAAGGUGCAAUAUAUUUGUAGCUCAGCAAUAUUAGCAGUAGUCUCUACCAAAACCAGGCGAUCACAGGUUCAAGAUCAAGUCCUUGUGCCAAUGUCCUGUGGCUAGGCAUUUAUUAUUGAUUGCUUUAAUAGUACAAUGGAUAAUGGUACUUAUCUGUAGGUUAAUUGCUACUGUAUGAUCAUAUUAUUAUUAAUUGCUUUAAUAGUACAAUGGAUAAUGGUACUUAUCUGUUGAUUAAUUGCUACCGUAUGAUCAUGGAGUUGCUUUCAUAGUAUUGUAGGUAAAACAAAUAAUAAUCACAUGAUCUCUAAAUUCUAAGAGCAAAUUGACCUUGGAAUAUGGCCCAUCUAGAGUUAAAAGGUUUUAAGAGGUUUAUGUGGUAAUCCAGAUGUAGGCAUU